UACGUACUUCAGAGGCUAUUAAAAAAGCCAAAGUUUAAACUCAAGCGAAAGAUCCUGGAAUUGGGCGACCCCGGGGUCGGGAGCAGCGGGAGCGGAGGGGUCGGCUUGGGGUGGGGGCCUCGGGGCUGGGCGCGCGGCCCACCCAGGGCCUUGGGUUUCGCGGGGUCUUUCCAGAAGGGUCGCAGGCCCCGGGGGGGGGCGGUCUGCGGGGCUCCCUCGGCGCCCCAGCUCCGUGCUGGCCCGGCCGGCCGGCUCCGCGCUCAGGGAGGCGGCCCGGGGGCGCGCAGGAGCCGGGGGAGCGCGGGGCCCCCGGGGCGCGGUUCCCGGGAGCGCCGUCCCCGGUGGUGGGGGGGGCCGGGGAAAGUCCCCGCGGCGGCUGCGGCGGGCGGGGCGCGGCGGCCCCUCCGAGAGGGCGGGGCGGGGCCGGCCUGGGGGCGGCGGCCGAGCGCGGCUCCCUGGCCGCUGGGGACGCGCCGCCACCCCGCUCGGGAAGAGGCGGGCCCCGCGCGGCCUGCGAAGCCAUGGCCGCCGAGGCGGCGGCGUGAGCGGCUCGGCGGACCCCGCGCCGGCGCCGGGCCGCGCCCGGAGUCGCCAGCGAGCCUGCGGCGCCCAGAGCCCCGGGCCAUGCGGCCGCCGCCACCGCCGCUGCUGCUGCUGCUGCUCGGCGGCUGCGGCGCUGCAGCGCCCCCGGCAGACUCUCUUUCCCAGCUGCCUGCUCCCCAAAACCCGAAGAUUCGCCUCUACAACGCUGAGCAGCUUCUGAGCUGGGAGCCGGUGCCCCCUGGCAAUGGCACGGGGCCGGUGGUCUACCACGUGCAGUUUAAAUAUACCACUAGUCAGUGGUCCGACGUCAAUAAUAACCCCGAAGGGGUGAACUGUGUGAAAAUCACCACGACGGAGUGCAACUUUACCAAAACCAACAUCUCAAAGGGUUUCCCAAUGCAUUUCAACGUCUCUUUACGUGUCCAAGCUGAACUAGAAGGACGCGUUUCUGCCUGGGUGACGGUACCUUGGUUCCAGCACUUUCGGAAUGUUACCAUUGGGCCUCCAGAAAACAUUUGGGUGACCCCAGGAGAAGGCUCCCUUAUCAUCAAGUUGUCCCCUCCCUUUGACAUCUAUGAUUCCACGGUCGCUUUUCAGUAUUACGUCCAUUACUGGGAAAAGGAAAAGGCAGGAAUCCAAAAGGUUGCAGGGCCUUUCAUGACCAACUCCAUUGUGCUGAGUGAUUUAAAACCCUUAACGGUAUACUGUUUACAAGUCAAGGCACAACUACUUUGGACAAUGCUAAACAUCUCUAGACCCGGGCAUUUAAGCAGCAUAUCUUGCUACGAAACGAUGGCAGAUGCCUCCACCAAGCUUCAGCAAGUGAUUCUCAUCGCCAUUGGAACCUUUCUGUUGCUGUCGGCGAUGGCAGGGGCCUGUCUCUUCCUGGUCCUGAAAUACAGAGGCCUGGUUAAAUACUGGUUUCAGUCUCCGCCAAGCAUCCCAGUACAAAUAGAAGAGUAUUUAAAGGACCCGGCUCAGCCUAUCUUAGACGCCUUGGACAAGGACAGCUCCCCAACGGAAGAUGCCUGGGACUCUGUGUCUGUCGUUGUGUUUCCAGAGAAGGAGUAAGAAGAUGUUCUCCAAAGCACUUUGAAGCAAAGCAUUGGCCUGCUCCACCGGCCUGCAGGAAGAGGACUGAGCUCCUGAAGCUGCUGAUGUCCCUGUCAGGACUUUACGGAGCCCACUACUCCAUGUCACUGUCCCAGAAAGGCCAGUGGCGCCUGGGGAGAAGCAGUGGGUCUCAUCGGGGAGACAAGCUUAUUUGUUUUUCUUUAAGAAUUUUCUCAAUCAUACACGUCGCUAGGAUGAUUCUACAGAGAUCUCUCAGAAUAAUUAAGAUUUCUCUUAAACACUAAACAAGCAUGUAAUUAUUUGUUAGCAAAAUGGCUCUGGCACACCUGUGAUAUUUUGUUCAUUGUCGGUUGGGCCAGGCAGUCCGGAGACCGAGUCCUCUCCUUGACUCUGACGAGUGAGCUGUGGACCCUCAGGCAGGUCACCUAAUCUGUCUCAGCCUGUCCCAGCAAGGGACACUGAGCACCCUCCCACAUCCAGUCUCCCAGCUUAAAACGUGAUGAAUCCUGUAAAUAUUUUCCUUGUAAUUUAAGUGUUUUUUUUUCAAGCUAGAAAUAAAAGACUAUGUAAUUGACUUUUUACAA